AAAUAAGACGCACGAUAUGUUAAACAUGAGAGCUCUGGUCGUCUUGUUUGCAUCAACGUGUUCAUCGUCCCAGAUCAUCCUUGUCCCAAAAUAAAAACAUCAGCUGCUACCUUCUUAGUUCCAAUUCUAUGAGACGACCCAAACCCCCUCGCCGUUUUUUUUCUUCUGAUUUUUGGUACUUCCAGGAAAGUGGAAUGGAUUCAAUAUAAAGUGGUAGUAGCACUCAAAAAAGGCUUGCAUGGAGCAGAGACAUCAUCGUUUUCGUAUGAAACCCUAGAAUUCAGAUUGCAGUCGCUGUAAUUGCUAUUUGCACCCAAUUGACUGCCAAAUCCAAGGUCAGCUUCUUUUUCAAUUUCUGUUAAAUCAUAUGGAAAAUACAAUUCUUUGCGAAUUCCAUUUUUUCAUUUAAUUAUUUGAUUGAUACAACUGGAUAGUAAAACUUUUUACCUUUUUUUUUCUUUUGCUAUUUUCGUAUAUAAUUAAUUAGAUGUUAUGGAGGUACAACAGAAUAUGUUUUGCUUAGGUUAGGCGGGCUAUUUGGUAUUGCUAACUUAUCUUUCUUCUAGAAAAAGCUGACUGCUUCUGGUAAAAGUGCCGAGACUGGUUGAAAACUUUAGGCAAGGUUAUUUAAUUCAUAAUUUUAGGCCUUUAAUUGUCGAUUAUUGUGGUUUUGGUCUAUUCUAAAUCAUGUUCAAAAGUUUUCAUCCGGCUGUUUAAAUUUUUCUCUUUUGUACUAUUAGGACUUCUUAUAUUGAAGCUAAUAUGGAUGCAAUUAAUGUUAUGCUUGAAGGGAAGAGACUUCUCUCAGUAUGCUAUAGAUGCAGUAUAGCUUUUAAAAACUUUUGGGUUUGAGAAAUCGACUAGUUUUUCAGUGGAUGUGAUAUGUUGUAAUGGAUGUCAGGGCUGCUUUGCAACCAUUUUGCUUUCGGCUAUGAGUUUUAUUUAUUUAGUUAUUAAUUUCUUCUAUACUUAAAGUUAAAGAUGGAGAGAAAAAAUCAUGUGCGGAAAAUGAGGUAGGGAGAAGGGAGGAGGGAGGGAAGAUGAAAGAGAGCAGGAGGAUGGGGAAAUGGAGAAUGUAUGAAAAACUUGAAAAAAAAAUGGAAAUUGUUUUAUGUUUUAGUUUUCAUUUUAUGUACCAUUUCAUCACUAGUUUUCAUUUUAUUAUCUAUUAUUUUAUGUGAAUUUCAAAUGCAUGGAUUUGAAAUAAAUGGAUUUGAAAUCCAAAUGCUUCCAUCCAACCGGGCCCUAACUUAUGGUAGGUGUCAUGUUAACGUAUAUACUUGUUAUCCAUCUCAAAGAUUAUACGACUUCCCUCUCUCUCCCCCAACUGUCUAUAUAUGCUCUGUACUCUCCCAUGGCGUCGAGAUACAUAAGGGAGUUUUUGGCUUUGGAGGCAUUUAAAAACGCAAGGAGAGACGUAAGCAACGUCCUUCCACGACUGGUAAAGUUCCUCUGUUGCCUCCAAGUCACCAAGACACACCUUUUCACCGUCACUUUGUCCUACAGUCCCAGCAUGCUCCCAACCCUUGGCCUGGCAGGUAAUUUGUGCUUGGUUGAAUGCAUCUCAACCCAGUUCGACAAACUGGGUGUUGGGGACAUUGUACUCGUACAGUCCCCUGAGGUUCCUUGGAAGUUCAUGACCAAUCGCUUGAUAGCCAUGGAAGGCCAGUCUGUUACAUAUGUUGUGGACCCUAAGAACAGUGACAAGUCUGAGACUAUUGUGGUUCCUAAGGGGCAUGUUUGGAUAGAGGGAUACAACAUCUAUGAGUCAAAUGAUUCAAGAAAAUUCGGGCCGGUUCCUUACGGCCUUCUACAAGGCAAAGUCUUUUGGAGGAUAUGGCCACCUAAAGAUUUUGGAUUGUUGGCGCAAAACAAAGGGAAGGAUUCUAUCUCAUGAAGUAUGCUUAUUGAGCAUGCGCACUGUUAGUUCCUUGUAUGUAAUUACAUAAUCUUGUUGUAGUAGGGAAUUAGAAACUUGUUUGUAGAAUGAUAUUUUUCUAUCAAGAAAAGUGGUUCAGAGAAGGCAUGAAUGAAAAAUCGAUUCUCUUUCUACUUUA